AUGGACAACGUAAUCAGCCCCAAGAGGCUCAUAAAAAUUGCUAGCAAAUGGCAGAAGAGAGAUUCUAUGGGGAGGAACAAAAAUUCAAGCCCAAGCGUAGUUGGCAACAAUUGGAAGAAUGAUAUGGUGGGUGAAAAGGGAACUUUUGUUAUCUAUACCAUUGACAAGAGCCGUUUUGUACUGCCUUUAUCCUAUCUCUCCAACUAUAUUUUCCAAGAGCUCUUCAAGAUGUCUGAAGAAGAGUUUGGAGUCUCAAGCAGCCGUGGGCCUAUCAUCUUGCCAUGUGACUCGCUCUUCAUGAAUUACAUAGUCUCACUUCUCCAGCGACGAAUGACUGCAGAUUUGGAGAAAGCUUUGCUUGCCAUCUCUUUCAGUAGCUGCUCAAGUUCUGCAUUGCAUAAUCAUGGGCAAGCAAGCAACCCGGCUCUUCCUUUGUGGCUACUGCUUAGCAGAUAA